AAAAAAUAAAUGGGAAUGUUUACUUCCGGAACCUGUUGCACUUUAUUGGCUCUGCAAGAGUUGCGCUGGCCAAUAAUAUUCGUCUUUAUUCCCAGGUCUGAAAGCCCGGCGUUUCUAGGACAACGAUUCACAAACAAACGAGUGUGGUGUUUCCCUCUUUGUUUAGUUAGAAACAAAACAUUUAUUAUCGCAAAGUCGACGGACCUGAUCAAAAACCUCCAGUACACCUGCGGAAUGUCUUUCAUGCGCCAGCAGCGCAACGUCUCUCACAACCACCGUCAGAAGAUGAUCCUGGAUUACCGCAGACAGGAGGAAAUGCGUGAAGAUCAAACCAAACGCAUCGCCAAAGAUAAGCAGCUGCAAGCCAACAUCCAGUGCGAUGAAAGAGUCGAGAAAAAGCGUUUCCUGCGCAAGGUGCAAGAUGAAGAGUAUGGCAAACAAAUCGAGGAAUCACUUCUCAAGGCAGAAGAGGACAGAAUGUUCAGGGAGAGGCAGUUUGAACAGGAAGAGAGGAUGGCCAAGGAGCUGGCGAGAAUUAAUAAUGAGAAGCUCCGAGAUGAGAAGAUGAGGCAGUACAUCAAAGAGAACAGCGUUGAGCUUCGAGAGCUAGAGUUAAAGCUGAAGUCUGCAUACCUGAACAGAGAACGGGCAGCACAGAUGGCAGAAAAGGAAGCCAUGCGAUAUGAGACAAUGCGACAAGAGGCUGCUGUUGCUCGUAAGAUGAAGGACGAGCAUGAGCGUGCAGAGAUGGAGAAGGAGACGCAGGAGCAGAAGAAGUAUGAGGAGGUAGUGCGUUACCAGCAAGAACUUGAGCAGCAGCUUGAGGAGAAGGAGCGCAAGAGACAGGAAGCCUAUGAGGAGUUUCUUAAAGAGAAACUCAUGGUGGACGAAAUAGUGCAGAAGAUCUAUGAGGAGGAUCAGAGGGAGCUUCAGUUACGACUUGAGAAAGUGGUGGCCACUCAGAGAUAUAUUGAAGAUUUUAAAAAGCAGCAAGUGGAGUGGAGACGUUUAGAGCGAGAAAAGGUGGAGGCGGAGAACAGGCGCAUCAUUGAGUUUGCCCACUACCAGCAGAGGAAGGAGGAGGACAGGAUGGCCAAAGUUAGAGAGCGAGAACAGGCGAAAGAAACUCUGCACAAAAUGCUCUCUGAGCAGAUCGAGAUGGAAAAAAGAGAGCGUGAGAAGAUGGAGCGUGUCCGUGAGGAACUUCACUUGGAAGAGCAGGCCGAGGCUGCAAGACGACAGGAAAUUGAAGAGAUGGAGAAGAGGAUCCGGCAGCGGCUAGAGCUGCAGCAGACGUGUCUGGAGAUGAUGGCCUUCAAGCAGUUGCGCAUACAAGCUGAGAAAGAGGAAGAGGAGACCUUUAGACAGAUGAUGAUGGCCAAGUUUGCAGAGGAUGACCGCAUUGAGCAGAUGAAUGCCCAGAAGCGCCGUAUGAAACAGUUGGAACACAAACGUGCCGUGGAGAAGCUGCUGGAAGAAAGGAGACAGCAGUAUCUGGCUGAACAAGAGCGGGAGGAAGAGGAGCGAGCUAUGGAGAAGGAGAGAGAGGCUCAACGGCGAAAGAUCAUUGAAGAGGAGAGACAGAGGCUCCUAAAACAGCAUGCGACAAAACUCCUGGGAUACCUGCCAAAGGGUAUUUUCAAAGAAGAUGACCUGGAGCACUUUGAUGAGGAUUUCAAAAACAAAUUCAAACAACGACAGGCUGAUAUUUUCUCAGAUGAGGGUUGGGGAGAUGAUUCUCAGUAGUUUAAUUCCUGUCAUGACCACCACAUGGCGCUGUUUUAAAUCCAUUUUGUUAGUGCUAGUAUACUUAACAGUGCAUUAUGAACUGUUAGGUGCAUCUGCCAUUUCCACAAACUAGUGAACAAGUUUUAUACAUGAUGCAAAUUUUCCUUUAUCUUGAAUAAAUUUAUGCAGUAUAUUCAAACUAAUUGUAUAGUGUGUUACUUUAUAACUGUAAAUAGUAUAAUGUCAAACUUAAUUAGACUAAGGAGUUUGGUUAAUGAUGAAAUAUUGGCCUCAAAAAGAUACUACCUAUUAAACAGAUGUGAAAAUCUCCUAAAAUGAAUUUGUCACGUUAUGUAAGCAUUUAGUGUUCAUACUGGGUAAUACAUUGUUUUUCCCUCUUUCCUGAACUGAUAAAGUUAAAUUUCACUUUUUGUAGACCUCUAAAUGAAUUUAGAAAAUAUUUACCAUCUGUAGACUAGACUUGGUAAGCCUUCCUCACACAAGCAUAUCCUUUACUCUGAGUGAUUUCUUUGCUUCCUAAGAAAGAACUGGAUAUGGUUGAUGAUGGUUGGCAGGCAGUAUAUCAUACGAGCAAGAAUUUAAUCAAAUGUGACUGCUCAUGUACAGUCAAGUCUGUCAGAGUCUCUACAGCUGUCAGUCAUUCUGUUUGGUUAGUCUAUUACAUUGGUCUGGCUGCUGUCAUGGCUGUACAAUUCUUCCAUUUAAGUGUUGACUGUUAUCUAUACCUGCACUAUGAAAAUGUCAAGCCUCUCUUGUAACUGCUAUUAUGAAAUUCCCUCUAAAAAUUGUAAGAAACACGCCAAAACGCAACACAUUUCAAAGUAAUCAUAUAAUGAAUUUAAUGCAACAUCACCAUCCAUGAGCGUUAGAAGUUCAUUUUUGAAUCUAAGCCUGUUUUAUUAGAUCUCCACAUACUCCUCUCACAACACUGAAAAUAAAAGCUCCUUUUCUCUCCGCAUAAUGCAUCCCAUUCUCCUAAUGAUAUUCUAGAAAUGACCUCAG